AUGACAGGAAGAUACAUCGUGGCUCUUCCCUUCAAUAAUAAUAUCUCUCAACUGGGGAUAUCGCGAUCGCGGGCUUACAAUCGGUUCAAAUCUAGCGAGAAAAAAUUCCAUCAAAACCCUCAACUUGCUGAGCAAUACAAGACAGUCAUUCAAGAGUACAUUGAUCUUGGGCAUAUGACUGAAAUUAAUACAUCGAAAUUAGCUAAUCACGGGUACUAUUUACUCCACCAUGCGGUAUUCAAAGAAGGCAGCUUAACAACAAAACUGAGAGUUGUCUUUGAUGGAUCCGCCAAAACCAACACCGGGGUGUCCUUGAACGAUACACUCCACGUAGGUCCUAUAAUUCAAGACGAUAUUUUUUCUUUGUUAUCGAGAUUUCGUUUAUACCAGUACGUUCUGACGGGCGACAUCGAGGAAAUGUAUCGACAAAUUCUCGUGCGUCCGGAAGAUCGUAAAUACCAACGCAUUCUGUGGCGCGAUGAUGACGGACCUGUGAGAACCUACGAACUCAACACCGUGACAUUUGGAUUGUCAGCAGCACCAUACCUCGCAAUCAGAUGUCUUCAUCAGCUAGCAGACGACGAACAACAUCGUUAUCCUACUGGAGCUGCUAUCCUGAAGAGAGAUCUGUACGUAGAUGAUCUUCUCACAGGAGCACAAACACGUGAAGAAGCCAUUACCAUUCACCAUGAACUCGAAAAAUUGAUGAAAUUGGGCUGUUUCAAUCUUCGACAGUGGGCAUCGAAUGACCCCACAUUGCUUCAAGAACUCGACUCGGAAGAUAUCAACAAACACCUACAACUCGGAGAUUCGACAACACUUAAAACAUUGGGCAUUUCGUGGGACUCUGCUGCUGAUAAAAUCAAAUACUUCGUUAAAAUCGCUCCAAAUAUUGAUCCAAUUACAAAGAGAGUCAUCUUAUCAGAAACUGCAAAAUUAUUUGAUCCAUUGGGCCUCCUAUCACCAGUAGUAAUUGUUGCCAAGGCUUUCAUACAAAAGUUGUGGACAUUGAAUGUACACUGGGACACCGUUUUACCAUUAGAUUUGCAGAAAGAAUGGCUACAAUUCUACAAACAACUACCAACACUCGAGCAAGCAACAUUCCCAUGA